AACAUCACAAUAAACAAUCACCACCACAUUUGAAUUUUAAACAUAAAACUUCCUAUGUUUUAUUUCGGAAGGCAAAACCCUUAGUUUGACCCCAGACAUUUGGUCCUUCGAACCGGAUAAGUGGUUUUUUUAAAUAAUUAAAAAACCAAAAAUCAAAAAAAAUUUUCUGUUUUCUGCCCAAAAAUAAUUCAUUUUCAUUUCAAAAGACCCAGUGACCGAAACACAAAAAAUUCGCAACAACAAAAGUGCAGUGACCCACCAAUUAAAAGCAAAACUACAAAAAUUGCAAAAGGCGCCAACACACAAUUCUGGACCCAAGCCAAGCGCCCACCUACACACACACACACAUACACACACAUCAAAAAAGAAGCUUCAAAAUAAUGGCCGGAUAUUUACCUCGCCCAGAGUCCCCACGACCCGCCAGACCCACACGCCCUCGCUUCGACCCACGGGAACCCAGGUAUCGCCCCGCAUCUUGGCAGUAUGCCUGUGGCCUCUGCCAGGAGGACCACGCCAUACGGUCAUGCCCGCGGUUCCGGCAAAUGACACCGUAUCAGAGAUACGAGACAGUUGAGAGACGGAGUUACUGUCGGAACUGUCUGGCGCGCAGCCAUCUGGCCCCAGACUGCCCCGUGGUCACUGCCUGCCGAACAUGCGACUACCGCCAUCACACAAUGCUGCAUGGAGCCCCACAGCUUAGGGAGACAUACGGCAGCUACAGCCCGCCCCCAAUGGAGAUUGCCAACCCACGGCAACUUGCAAUCGAACCAGCCAACCAGAUGCCCAUCGUCCAAGGCCCUCCCCCGGUCGAGAUACCUUACAGCCGGGCCACUGUUUUUGUACCCACGGCGAUGGUGGAAUUGGCACCCGAGGAGCAGGACGAUUGGGCUGGGGUACGGGUACUUUUGUGCCAGGCAUCGACCAUCACCCGAAUCGCGGCAGCCACAGUAACUCGCCUGGGGAUACCAACGAGAGAGCGCAGAGGGCACCGUCUGGCAACAAUAAGACUUCGGUCAAGGCAUGCGUCGAGGAGGACCAUGUAUACCAUCCGGGCAGUGGUGACCCGGGAUUUGCCGCGACGACCCUAUUCAGAUCCCAUCAUUCCCGACCCCACAAGCAGCCUAAGAUCCCUUUCUUUGGCAGAUGCUGACCCUAGGGGCAACGAACCAAUCGAUGUAGAGGUAGGGGCCGAUGCCUACGCCCACCUCCGGAGGAGUGGUGUUGUACAACCCGGAUUGGGAGCCGUCUUCGCCCAGGAGACAGAUUGGGGAUACGUGUUCGUCGGCCCAGUCACCUCACAGGCAAGAAACCAAAAUUAAAAAGGUAAGAUGUCACUUCGUCACUUGGAGGGGGAGAAUGUUCAAGGUACGUUUGAACAUGAAGUCAUGUGCACCCAUGUGCAGACAUGCGUUCACGUAUGCACAUGACCCACUGUGCAUAACGGUACAUUGAAGUAAGUUCUUAAUCGCUGAUUCCGCCUUGAUUUCAUAUUUGUUUACCUGGAAUUGUUGCUUGUAGCUUGGAAAGUUGACCGUUUUCGCGGGGUCCAAGUGACAAGCAACAACCAGAAAAAAGAUCAGUCUCGUUUUAAAUCUCAAACCCGCGCAUCGUAUUCUCUCCCCCUCAAAGUGAAAACCCAAGUGAAGUGAAAAGUAAAAAGUGAACAUACAUACAAACAUAUAUAACUAGAGUGAACAUUGCAACAAUAAACUUUGAAACAGUGAACUAAUAUAUUUAAC